AUGUCGAAAUAUAAAAAAGAUGAAAAAGAAUACAAGAUCUCAAGUCACGGAAAACUAGUCCAGCUAAGCCAGUUUACAAACUAUACAAUAGAGAUCCGAGUGUGCCUGUUCCAAAAAGAAACUACUUCCAGACGAGUACUUGUACCUGAUCAGGUUCCAAAAGCAGAAAUCACAGAUGAAAAUCUGGCCUUACUGUCUUCAGAAAAGGAAACAGAAGAAUCAUCUCAGAAUAAAGAAACAUUUCAGAUUGAAAAUUUUAUUAGUAAUAUUACAGAACAUGAAACUUUUUGUGAAAAUCAUAUCCUUAUCGAUUACAAUGAAAAUGGAAAUUUGUUGACUGAUGAAACAGAAUCAAUGCAGUCUUUAAUGGAAAUUGGUGAUGGUUCUGAAUCACAUGAGGGCUCUGAAUCUGAUGAUAACAGUGAUGUGCUGGAUAAUACAGAUUCUGUAAGUUCUGAUACAGAUUAUGUAAGUUCUGAUGCCAGUAGUGUAAACAAUGAACAGUGUGAGUCUGCUCAGUGCAUUAAUAAGGAAAAAGAUUAUUCAUUAGCGUUCCUUUCAUUUGCCAUGAAUUACAAUUUGGCUGGAAACUGCAUUUAUGACUUGAUACUUUUACAUAAGUCAACAAAUCCACAAUCAAAAUCGUGGCUUCCAAAUAAUUAUAAACAACUAUUAAAAAAAACUGUGCUUUCUGGACAUCAGGAUAAUUAUCGUCAACACCACUAUUGUAUGAAAUGCUUCAAACUUUUCCAGCUGACGAUCCAAAUGAAUAUAAAUGUAAAACACAUGGGUGUGACGGACUUCAAUAUAUGGGGCCGGAGAAUGUCCAGUUAGAUAAGACAAGAAAACAUUAUUUUUAAAUAAGUAUUAGGGCGGUAUUUUUAUAACAGAAGGUCAAUUCAUUUAGAAGUACUUGUUCAAGGUAAUAAAAAAAUAUCGAUUGACAAAUACAUCAGUGUGUUAGUUUUCUGUCAGGGACAAAAUAUCAUACAUGUCUUAUAUUUUUAAAGCAGCUUUAAGGGAGAAUAGAAGGAAAAAAUUAUGUAGUGUGAUUGUUAAACAAAUUCUCAGACUGUAAAGUAGUUGUGGACAAAAAAAUGAAACUGACUGAACUGCCAUGUAGACAAACAUGUUAUGACUCUGAUUUCAAUAAAUGAUCUGGCAAUGUUGUAGCUAUCAUGCCAGUUGUGGUCAAAACA